CAAAUCACGUUCAAUUCGGCAGUUUUACACGGCAAUCCCAGAGUCUCAGCUCCCAGGCGGCUAAUUGUAGAGCUGCAGCGUCAAUGGCGCAUGCGCAACUUUUUAGCCCGCUUUUGGGUUUCUGGGUCUCUGUCUCUGGCGCUUUUUUAUUUGUUUAUUUUUUCGGAUUUCUUGAUUUUUUCGCUUGCGGUUUCUUUCGUGUAAUUGUGACGCAAUUUUCGUGUGAGUUUGUUUUAGUCUCGGCUCGCCAGUUUUUUGCCAGUGACUCAAUCUCGAUACACUGAAAACGAAAACGAAAGCGGCGGUUGCAGUGUGCAAACUGCAUUACCUUCGAUCGUCAGUCAGUUGCAAUUCACACGCGUGUAAGCUCAGUUCGCUUCCUCCAGAAGAGAGAAAAACCAACUAAUAGCGUUAACUCUACGCCAAAAUGCUUCAGUUGUGCACCAUCUACGCCUGCGCGAACGGCACCCUGGGCCUGAAUUUGAGUCGUGCCCCCUGGGAUCCGUAUCCCUGGGUCAGCGGGGUGCAGGCCAAGUCGAGUGCGGAAAGGGGCGGCGUGCGGAUGGGAGACACCCUUCUAGAGCUCAACGGAGCCGAUGUCCUGGGCCUGAGGAUCAGUGAGUUGGCCAGUCGGCUGCAGGAUCACUGGCAGAGCGGCGCCGAGGUCGUGACCCUGAUGAUGUGGCGUCAACAGGGGAACAUGGACCAGAACGAGGAUCCUGCCGAGGCAUCUCAUGCUGUGCAGCACGGAAUUAAUCAACAAUCGCUGCAAAAGUUUGCAACAUGCCUGCAACAUAUUUCCCAAUUACUGGAGUGUCCUGUGUGCCUUGAGGUCAUCAAACCACCUGGCUGGCAGUGCUGCAAUGGACACGUGCUCUGCAAUAAUUGCCGCAGUCGUUCCGUAAAGUGUCCGGUGUGCCGCGUUCCUUUGGGGCCGAGGGGCCGCUGCCUGCUGUCGGACAAGUUGUUCACCCUGCUGGCGGAGAGCUUUCCCUGCGACGGGAGGGGCGGGAAAACCAACCAGGUGACUGCGGCCCAGGGCCACGAAAAACUGAGCAGCGUCAACAAGUGCACAAAUGAAUAUCAUAAUCAACCGAAAAUGGCGUUGGCCAAGUCGAGUUGCGGCAAGUCGAAGUGCGGCAAGCAAAUCUCCAGGCAACUGCCCGUUUCGCUGGACCGAAAAGCCGAGGAAAAUGCCACACGCCAAACAUUUCCCACUGAAAUCAGGAGGAAAAGCCUGAAGGAGGAGGAGGAGGCUGUCGUCCUGCAACGUUGCACGAUGAUAAAAGUGCAGCAGCACCAGGAGACUUCGGACGAGGACUUUUCGGCUGGAGGAGCAGGUCACAACAAUAUGCUCGUUAAACCAAAGUUAAAGUUGAGCAAGAAAAGUUGGCGGAUUACAGGGCCAGAUCAAGACGGAUUGCGCUGCGAUGAAGUUGCCACCAUGAAUAAUGCCGGCCAGGUGGGCCACCAGCAGCAGGAGGAGCAGGAGAUGUCAGCCAGCGAGUAUCAAAAUUAUCAUUGCCCCACUGGGAAAUCAUGCGGCCACAGUUACCAACUUGGUAGCCAGCCAGUGGCCAACAAAUUGUCAACAGUCGCGAUGCAGGAUUCGCUAGGUGCAUCCUUAUCAGCGGGGAGCCAUAAACAGGCGGAAUCGGAGGCGGCGGGGUCAAUAGGUCGGCGGGAAUGGCAGCUGCUGCGCCACUUGAGCGGCGACCAUCGGUUGGCAGUGCUGCAAAUCUACGGCACGUUCGGCGAGCGGUUGCACGUCCGCCCCCAGCUGCCCCAGGAGGGCGUGGCCUGCCUGCGGCUGAGCGAGGAGUCCACCGCCAGCAGCACAACCAUCAGGGUGCACACAUUUUUCUUGGCUGUCAUUGCAACCGGCGGAGAAGACGGCGACGACGAGCACGCCGUCUUCCUGUGGCACCUGGACCACCUGCCACAAGGACCCACUUUCGAGGCUGUCAUCGAAACAGAGGGCAUCCCCGGGUUCCUGGCACCUGCUCACUCGCUCCGACGCAGCUGGCCAGAGAUUAGGGCAUCCGGCCAGUUCCUCACCUGCCGCAAUCUGGCGGCUUCGAGCUUCGAGGUGACCCUCAAAUCCAGGUAGACCUCCCAAAGACUGGUUUCCACCCCCCCAAAGUAUAGAAAUAGAGUUAAUUAGCAAUAAGAACUUUAAGAACCCAAGACUACGAACUGAUUGCUGGCUAAAUGCAGCGAUAGAGCGAACCAAAAUGAAA